AUGGCCUUUGCGGAGCCAUAUGAGCGCGGCACGGGCAUGCCGGAGCCCCUUGGCAUCGCGGGCCGGCACGUCAUCCAAGCUAAUUGGCCGCAGUUGCAGACCCACUUGCGGAACUUGCGGCGCCGGCGCGCCGAGAUCGACGGGGAGGUUUCUAAGGUCGUCAUAGACGGGCAUCAGAAGCUCACCCGGAAGUGUUGCGGGUUGAUGUAUGGAGGCUACACCUGCGAUCCAAAUCUCGGCCAGGCGCGCUUGCACCCCUGCCCUGCCCCCACGAGGGGCCAGCGCGAGCGCUGGUGCACUUGCCGCGCCCGUUCGCUGGAGAAGCCCGUGCCGUUUGAGGGCGCCAAAGACGCAAACGUUUUUCUUGUCCGGCGCCGCGAAUGCUUGGGGGGCACGCUGGACGACGUGCUCUGUGUGACGUCGCAGCGGCAAGGCGUCGGAGCAGUUCGAGUGGUUGACGAUAUUGAAGGCUGCUGGGGCGCCGUCCAGUCCACUUUGGCCAGGCGCGCCGCAGACGCCGCGAAAGACGCGGCCGAGCCCCGUGCCAGCGAGGGGGCCGCAGAGAAAGCGCAGGUUGCCCGCUGGCCUGCGCACUUCUGCGAGCUGCGGCGAUGGGGCGCGCCCUUCGGCGAGCCGCGGGCUGCGACGCUGCCCGCAGCCGGUGGCGGGCAACAGCUCUGCACGCUGAAGCUGACGCGCGUCGGCCGCGGCGCGGGUGCCCCGCCGCGGCGCGCGCCGGGGCGCCCGGAGCGGGGCGCGGCCACGCGCCGGAGGGCCGAGGGCGACGUGGACUUCGCGGCGACGGGGUCUGGGCAGGUGAUCCGAUUCAAGAUCCCGGGCUUCGAAGACCUCACGCAGCUGCCGCGGGUCCUGGCGGCCGGGGCGCUGGUGGUGCUGCUCUGGAACCGCUUCGUGCUGCCGGGCCCGGUGAGCGGUAUCGACACGCGGUUGUUCACCGAGAUAUUCGUGGUGGUGCUGGCGGCCUUAUGCAGCCUUAUCCCUUGGGUCGACGCACGCCUGGACGCGGCCUCGCGACGACAGGUGCGCGCGCGGCCAGAGACCAGGCCCGCGGACUGCAUGCUGACCCUGGCCAUGCCCGCGGCCCUGCCGGCAUCGGCAAGGCUGGACCUGUCGUGGGCGACCGGUGUGCUCUUGCAGCUCACCAACGCCGACGGACUGGCCGUCUGGAAGGACGGCGAGGUCGUGGUCACCCGGGGGCUGCUGCGGCAGAUGCCGGGCUUCCGCGGAGGCCCUGCAAAGGUCCUCGCGGUCUUGGGCAAGAGCUGGCAGCCUUCAAGCCAGGUGGACGGUUUCUGCGUCACCCGGGCCGGCAUUUCGGCGUUCCCGGAUGGUGCGUUGCCCACGGGCGUGCUUCCAGGAGACGCCGAGGCCGUCAUCGCCAAGCCGCUGCCGGGUGGUGGGCAGCUGGUGCUGUGGUCGGCCCUGCCAGGGGCCUUCGACCGCGCGGCCGAUCGCGGGUGGGUGGCACGAGUGGCUGCCAGGAUCGGCAGCGCGCUCGGGGGCGCUGAGGCUCUGGCGAGCUCCCCGGCCGAGCGCUGCUUCGAGGAGGGCGCCCUGGCGGGCCUCGUGGCAGGAGAGAAGCAGGGUGGUCAGGCGAACAAGCCCGCAGGGGACAGGCUGGACUUCAGGGCGCGCAUCGCGAAAGAAAAGACAGAGAAGGAAGUGGCAGGCCUCCAGGAGGAGGUGCAGCGGUACAAGAAGCAGUUGGCGGAGGCAGUGGACGGCAGUAGCGUCUCCACGCUGGAGUACCAGCAGCUGUUCGCCCGGCUCGGCAAGGUCAUGGCCAACGCGAAGCGGAGAGCAGAAGAAGCGGUGGAUCGAGAUUUGUACCAGCCUGGCAGAGCACUCAGCCAAGCGGCAGAAGCGUUCCUAACCACAGCCGACAGCAAGAAGGUGAAGAAGUACAACAAAUUCACAGUCUGGACCUUCAACGGCUCGGGCUGGGGUACCAUCAAGGAGAAGCUGGGCGAGAAGUUGCAGGGCACGUUGCAUUGCUACGCAGUGCAGGAACAUCAUCUCGCCGAAGACAAGUGGCCCGUGGUCACGCAGUGCAUGAAUGCGCAGGGUUCCCAGUUGGGUGGCGCCGCAGCUGCGCCAACAACGGGGCCAGCAGGCGAGGCGGGCUCGUCUGCGGGGGAUGCAGUGCCAGUGCCGAAGUGCGUCGGCAUGACCUACCUGUACGGCCAAGACAAGUGGGGCGUCGUGACCGCGUCGAUUUACCUGUGGACGGCCGAGGGCAUGUCGUACCGCAACAGGGAGCUGCUCAUGCACGUGGCGGGCCAGCUGCAGAUGUUGGGAGCGCCGUGGGUCGCGGGUGGUGCCUUCCAGGUGGGGCUAGAGGCCCUGGCCGAGGUGGAGUGCAUUAAGUUGGUUAAGGCGUGCGUGAUAGCACCGCAGGUAGCGCGCGGCACGUGCAGGCGCGCCAACGGCAGCAGCGAGAUCGACUACUUCAUUGCGGCCGACGCGGUCAAGGCGCAGGUGGCAGGCGUUCGAGUGCAGGAGGAGUGGCCAUCAACUCCUUACAGGCUAGUUGGGCUAGCGAUCAAGCUGAAGGUCGUCGAGCGCAAGGUCAGGGUGUUAGAAUUGCCGGAACCCUUGUCCGAUACGCAGAUCGGUCGCACCCCCGCGCCGCCAAGGCACGGGCAGGUGGCCAGCUUCAGCUCGCAGGCGGUGGCGAACCAGGAAUGGGCCAAGUACACGCUCAAGCUGGAGAAGGAUGCCUUCGCGAUCAAAGGCGCGCAGCGGGCUGCGAACGACCCGCGCGCGGGUGGGGCGGAGGCGCCCGCGUGGAAGAUCAAGUCGAUUAGCUUUGGGGGCGACAACUUGCCAACGGCAGCGCGGCGGGCUAUCUGGCGGAGGUGGAUUUCGCGUUCCCUGCGGAGCCCGCAGGGCGCAGACCAGCGGCUGCGCGCUACGACGGAGCAGCGGGACAAGCGCUCGCGCGAGGCGAAGGGGCAGGAGAAGCUGUUCAGGAUCAGGGGGCAGCGCACAAAGCACCUCGGCACAGAGGAGCAAGGAGCGCGGCAAACGCGAUGCGAAUUGCUGGCCGCGGGGCGCUGGAGAAGCAGCGCAGAAAAGGGCGAGCUGCCGGGGCUCUACGCGGAGGCAGCAGAGUUCACGCUGUCGGAGUGGAUGGCAGCAUGGCGGACAAGCGACACCACGCGGCAGCAGGUUAAGCCGUGGGAGGUCGAGGCCAGAGAAAAGCUGGGCGACUUCGCAGAGGAGGGCGCGGCCAAGUUGAACGAAUUGGCCAGGGCGUUCAGGAAGAAGACGGGCAUCGGAGCGGAGAAGACGCUCGCGUGGCUCGCGCACAUGGGCACGGUUCUUGUCUUCAUGAUUCUGAAGACCUUCACCGCGGAUCGGGUGAUAGGACUGCUGCCGGCUAUAAUCAGGAUCUGGGAGAUCACGCGCGAGCCGAACAUGGCGGCGGAGGAUGCAGCAUGGGACGUGCCGUUCAGUCAUGGGAUGGACAACCCAGACGUCGGGGGCGAGUGCGCGGAGGCAACGAUCGCGGCCAUCCUGGACCUGGCCAAGGCUUUCGAGCGCGUGAGCCUCUUCGUGCUCGGGGAGGCGGGCAAGCAGCUCAAGUGUAAUGCGGGGGCGUUGGCAGUGGUGCGCUCGCGCUUCGCUAUGGCGAGGGGGCCUAUCGUGGGCGAGUCGGUGCCGGAGGAGACGCGCAAGGUGGCCGCCAUCAUCGCAGGGGGCAAGUUCUCGGUCGGCUUCCUCAAGCUGGCCAUCCACUCGACGGUUGACGGGCUGGCGGUCGAGAGGCCCGUCGUAAAGUGGAGGACGUGCGUGGACGACUUGCGCGCGCGGCUACGGCGGCAGCAGCAGUGCGUAGCGCUGGGUUUCGGCGAGGCGCUGGGCGCGUGCUUCGAAAAUUUCGACAAGAUGGGCCUCGAUUUCUCCUGA